GCUGCCUACUUCUGUCAGUGUGAACAUUGUGAACACUUGUGCUGCAGAAACUUGAGCAGAGAGAGAGCGUUUUUCGAGAUUCUUCAACUCACCUCAGUAGAUAUCUGUUGUCAGACUUACCCCUCAGCGUAUCAACUUCACAUACGCGAGGAAGUUAGAAGAUUGUUUCGGAGCAAAUUUUUCAAUACAGCAGGGAAAAACAAAGACAUCGAAGAAAUGAAUGUGAUGAAGAUCACAUCCAAGGACCUUUACAACCUGAGGGAUGUCGGCACUUUGGUUGAGAGAGAUGCGUUGAUUCUCAACAGUCUCAACACAAAGAGAAAGUCUUUACACCCACAUGUGAUCGUUACAAGGAGGGAGUGCAUGCAGAGCCAUUCGCCCUUCAUGGAUGUCAUGUCCAGCCGUCAGGAUCUCACAGCAGGAAGCACGCCCGGGAACAACAAAACUGCAAAGCUCUCGCGCCUGACCGUGUCUUCGUCGUCGCCCUCAAAGCCGCCAUGGGACGCGUUCUUCAACACUGCCGGCAAACUCCUUGCGAAUCGAGCCCCUCCAGCUGACCUGAGAGCCGUUCAAGCUUCAGCUCAAAACGGACAUGCAAGCUGGAGGCUGAGCAACAGCAGGCUGUCUCCUGGGAACACAAUCCAGCAGAUGUACUCAAACCUACAAGACACGAGCCGAUCGAGUCUCACAGAGCGUUCUAGUCCGAUGCGCUCAGAGCAAGGGAGCAGCUGUCAUGACGUGAGUCCCAAGAGGGUCAGAGACUGCACCCCUCACUACCUGCAGCGACGG